AUGGAGGGACAUAGCCUAGACUUCGACGUCGCCAUCAUCGGCGCAGGCAUUUCAGGCAUCAAUGCAGCCUACCGCAUCCAGACCGAGGGCUCUCCAGGCCUGAGCUAUGUGAUCCUCGAGGGCCGCGACUCCGUCGGCGGAACGUGGGACCUCUUCCGCUAUCCCGGCAUUCGUUCAGACUCGGACAUCUUCACAUUCGGCUUCGCAUGGAAUCCCUGGACGCGUAACGAGUCACUCCCGUCUGGUGACCGGAUCAAGGAGUACAUCCUGAGCUCGGCGCAGUCGGAAGGCAUCGACCAUCACAUCUGCUACAAGCACAAAGUGCUCUCCGCGAACUGGUGCUCGGAGAAGCAGAACUGGGAACUCCUGGUCAGUAGGCCAGGAGAGGAUGACCCGGUACUCUUCCGCUCACGUUGGAUCCUGCUCGGGACCGGCUACUACAACUACGAACAACCACGAGAGGCUGGGAUCCCGGGAAUCGAGAACUUCGCCGGCGACGUUAUCCACCCUCAGUUCUGGCCCGAGAACUAUGACUACACGAACAAAGAUGUCGUGCUGAUCGGCAGCGGUGCCACUGCCAUCACCAUCCUGCCCGCCAUGGCGGACAAGGUUCGCCGAGUGACGAUGCUUCAGAGGAGUCCCGGCUACAUAGUCCCCUUGCCAACGACUACCUUCCUCACGACGUUCCUGGUCAGGUUCCUGCCCACCAAGAUUGGCUACUUCUUCAACAGGGUUCUGUGGUUGUUUAGGAGCUACAUCUCCACUGCGGUCAGCAAACGCCAUCCUGGCCUCGUCAAGGGUCUGCUCAAGAGGGUUACCACAAACCAGCUUCCUCCCAAUAUCAGCUGGGAUCCCAACUUCAAGCCUAACUACAACCCUUGGGAGCAGCGCCUCUGCGUCUCCAAGAACGGCGACUUCUUCGCGGCGCUCCGCUCCGGCAAGGCGGACGUGGUGACCGACACCAUCAAGAGGAUCGACGAAAAGUCCAUCGUGCUCGAUUCGGGCGCCGUGCUCCGGCCGGAUGUCAUCAUCACGGCGACCGGCCUGAAGCUGAGGUUCGGUGGUGGCAUACAAUUCAGCGUGGACGGCAAGCCGUUCAGCGGCGCCGGCAGAUUCGCCUGGAGGGCGGCAAUGCUGCAAGACGUGCCCAACAUGCUCUUCAUGUUCGGGUACGAGAAUGCGUCCUGGACACUCGGCGCGGACGUCGGUGCCAGACUGUUCCUUCGAAUAGAGAAGGCGAUGAGGGAGCGUGGGGCCUCCGUCGCAGUGCCGCGGCUGCCGGCACCGGAUAUGCCAGUGAAGCCCAUGAUGAGCCUCUCUUCGACGUAUCUCAAGAACGCGACCGAGAUCCUGCCCAAGGGCGGAGUGGGUGUAUGGAGCCCCAAGUCUGGCUACGUCUCCGAUAUGGCAUCUGCAAAAUGGGGCAAUAUUCUUACGGAUCUGGAGCUGAUGUGA